AUGGUUCCUCGAUUCACAACUUCAACAGACAUACCCGAGAAAGGAGACGUUCGCAAAAAAAGUUCAAUUGCAUCAACAUUACACGCGGACAUCUUAUUACAAAUCUUGAAUCAAAUUCGUUCCGACAAUAUUCAAAAUGACCAAAGUAACCCAUUACAAUCUUACCAUUCAUGUGCAUUAGUUAAUAAGCAUUGGUGUAUUAUAACGAUUCCAUUGCUUUAUAAAUCAAUAACCGAUCAUAUUGAUUCCGUGAAUUUUGUUGAAAUAUUAUUAAAAUUUUUUGAUAAAGAACAAAUUCAAGAAUUAAUUGAUUUAGGUAUCGAUGUUAAAGAAUACAAGGAAAAUCAAGGAAAAAGAAACUUGUUCAAUUAUCCUAGCUUUAUUGAAGACAUGAAUUAUUACAACUUGACACGUAUGGUUGAUGAUUAUAUUGAUCAAAAAAGUUAUGAAUUAUAUAAUACCGUUGUGAUUUGGAUUUCUGAAGAUAAAGGAGAUAAAGAAACAAAUAUGAAAAGAUUUGUUGUUAAAGUAAAUUUUGAUGAGAAAGACAAUUCCAAUAGCGCAAAUAUGGAAGAGAACUCACAACCUAAUUCAUUAAUCACUAUGUCAAACAGGACUUUAUACGAAACAACGAUUUUCACGGACCUAUAUACAAAUAUUACAUAUAAACCAUCAACAAUUCGAGAUCAAAGGCUUAUGUCACUUGUUCCGAGAUCCACAAAACGAAACGAACAAAAACUAACUUCAUCAAUUAUAAAGGAAAUCAUUCAAAUUCGAACCGAAACAUUACUCUCGUCAAUAUUAAAUGUGUUCAUUAAAUAUGAUAGUAUCAUAAAGAAAUUGACAUUUAAAUGUUUCAAGGAUCAAGAGUAUGAUGUUUUACUAAGAAACAAAAGGUUCAUGAAAUUGUUAUGUGAGAAUGUUAAUGAAGUCAAAGUGAUAGCAUUUUCUGGUGUAUUAUCUAGAUCUGGAUUUUUAGACGCUUUAAAAGAAAGUAAAAAUAUAAAGUCCUUAAAUAUGGAGUUUCUAAAUAUGGAAAGGACAAAGUUUAGAAUUUAUCAAACGCUUGAUCUAUUGAUGACAUCAAAACCGACACUAACAACAAUUCACUUUACCAAUAUGAAAUUCUCGCGUUUAAUUAAUUUCAUAUUUUGUAACUCUCAACAAAUUUGUCACCUUCAACUUACAUCGUGCAAAUUCAAACAAGAAGAUAGAUUCGACUGUAUAUUUUCUUGUAAAAAUUUACUUAGUUUAUCAUUUAUGUGUUGUAAAUCUAUUAAUAAUUAUAUUAAAAAAUGGACAGACACGAAAGAGCGUGCCGGUUAUAAGAUAAAGGAAAGAAUUGGUGAUUUUGUUGAUAAAUAUGGCUUAACAAGAGAUUGUUUAGGAUUAAGUGACAGUGUAAAGGUUAAAGUUGGAGAGAUUAAAGAGGCUUGGACAUUUAGUGAGCAGGAUAAUGAAAACGGUGAGAAAAUUGACGUAGACAAUGAUUAUGGAAAUUUUGUUAAUUGGUUACAAAAAUCUGAAGGAUUUAAAAAUGUAGAAACUUAUUAUGAAAAAGGCUUGUUAAUGAAAAUAUUUAAAAGAUAA